AAGAGACUCCACGCGCCCUCCAACCCACCCUUUUGUUCGAAAACCCCGGGCAAAACCUGUGGCGCUGGCCUGAAAACCCUAAUCCCCAAAUCGAAAGUAGUGCACUCGCAUGCAUUAAUCCUCCAAGAAGGAUUGUGCAUUUGGAAUUGGGCUUGGUGUGGAACCUGAACCACUUAGGCUUUAAAUCUACCCGGUGAUAUUUUGUUUAAAAAUGAGCAGCUUAUUUAACAGGCAGAUCUUUGUUGACAAGCUUGCCAAGCUAAAUCCUUCCCAGCAGAGCAUAGAAACUCUUUCCCAUUGGUGUAUAUUUCAUCGGAACAAUGCAAAGGAAUUAGUGGAAACAUGGGACAGUGAAUUUCAUUGCUCUCCACUUGACAAGCACAUACCUUUUCUCUAUCUUGCCAAUGAUAUAUUGCAGAAUAGUAGGAGGAGGGGUUCAGAGUUUGUUAACGAAUACUGGAAAGUUCUUCCUAAUGCGCUCAAUUAUGUAUGCGAGAAUGGCAACGAGGAUGGGAGGAAAGCUGCAUUGAGAUUGAUUGACAUCUGGGAGGAACGUAAAGUCUUUGGUUCUCGUGGGCAAGUGCUUAAGGAGGAGGUGCUUGGUAGGAACUUAGACAAGAAUUAUAGAAAUGGGAAACCUAACAUUACCAAGCUGAAACUAGGUAAUGGAGAUAUUCUGGAAAAGCUCAUUUCAAGCUAUGAGCAAGUUGGUGAUGGCUCUGUGCUGGAGGAUGUGUUGUUUGCCAAAUACCAGAAUUCCGUCAGCUAUCUCGAGAGAGUAGAAAAGGAAAUUGCAAGUAAUCCUGACUUUGGGAGGCUGAAUAGGUCUGGAAUUUUGGAGGAGAUGCAGACUCAUCUUGACACAUUAGAAGAAUAUACAAAUAAGUUGGCAGCCUCGGAAUUAUCCAGAAUAACUCUGCUCAGCCAUUUGAGAGAAGCUAUUCUUGAGCAGGAAGGGAAGAUCGAGCAAGCUCAUGACCAUAUCCAGGCCUCAGAAUCAAAAUCUGAGCAACUGAACAUCAUCUCCAAUAAGCUACAGGACUGCAAAAUCUGCCGGGCAUCUGAGCAGAAUGUGAAAGAAGCGCCUGCUGCCUUGAAUGUAUCUGCAAACCUCAUCCCUGAUGUCCCAGCCAGCUCAGGAGGUCAAGGAAUUCCCCCAUGUACCCAACAGAUGGCUACCAUUGAUGUCACCUCUCAGACUGAUGAACAGCGGAAGUCAGCAGCUGCAGCCAUGGCAGCAAAGCUCACAGCCGCAACCGAUUCUGCUGAUUUGCUGAGAAUGGUCUUCUCCUCACUGGCUUCAGAAAGUCAUGGUAAAUUUGCAAAUGAAGACUUAUCUUCAGAAAAUAAGAAGCUUAGAAUUGACAAUGGAGCAGUCACUCCUUACGUCCCUGAGCCGGUCUCUUCACCCUAUGCGCUUUCCGACCCACUUCAUCGCCAGCCAUUGCCAUUGCAGCGACCACUGCAAUUGCAACCACCACUGCAGCUGCAGCUGCAGCCACCAUUGCGACCACUGUCUGCACCUGACUUCACACAGAAUUCUGGAGCAUCUGCGACUACUGUUCAAUACAGCUAUGCUCCAACUGUGCUGCAGAACCCAGCUAUGAUGACAAACUACCAGAUGACUAUGUUCUCGCCUGCAGCACCGAAUCCUUUUGGCUUUGCUGCCAAUUUUCCAACUUCUGAUGGCAGCGGUGGUAACUUGAGUCAACCAGCUGAGACUGCUGCAACAUCACCAAUUCCCCAGUAGCCAGUAGACUCAAACACCAAUUGUUCAAUUUAGCAUAGAUUUUAAUUAGAAAGGUUUAAUGAAUCAUUUACUUCAUUCUCUCAUAUUGUACAUUAAUCUUAUUAUCCUCUUUUCAAAUCCAUUAAAGAAAAGGAUCCGUCCUCAAGUGAUGCUUUUGUAA